AAAGUAUACAGUAUAUAUGUAGUAAAUAUAUUCAAAAGUUUCAUUUUCUUGGACAGCUGUAGAAUGAUACAGAGUCUUGUGGCUUUUCUGUUGAUACAUUUUAUUACCAAACAUUAAUUUUGUACAUGUGCAAAGUAAUUUAAAGUAUACUUCCAUUUUAAAGAAUAUUUGCUUUUUUCGUUACAGCUGGCGACAGUCCAAAGAGGUACAAGCUUUAUGAGUCAAACGAGGGAGUAAAUGUCCCAAGAACAACUUUAUUCAGAAUAUCAAAGAGGUUAGAUAUUUUUUGACUUUCCAAGAAGAUAAAGAACACACAUUAUUGAAAAUAAAAUAAAACUUAAUUGAUUUUGUGUUGUAUUGAAAAUUAAUUUUUGUACUAAUAAAUGUACGCAAGUGGGUGAUAAUGGCUAUACAUCUUUUUUGAAAUGUAUGUUUAAUUCCAGAAUGGAUCAUUCUACCUUUGCAUGAAUAUUUAUUCAAUAUUGAACAUUUUUUUAGGGAAGAGGAUUCAGUUCAUCCUGGGACUGGAGAGAGUCAUCUAGAAAAAAAUGAUACAGUGGAUUUGUCAACAAAUGCUGAAUGUAGCGAAGCUUGUGAAGAAGUUGAUUAUACAGUUUUGGAUAUGGAUAUAGAAAAAUCACAAGAUUCACAAGGCAAUGCAAGUUCAGAUGUGGACACAGCAGAACAAUUAUCAUACACUAAUAAUCAAAGUGACGCCAUAUUAGACAUCAACGAAUAUGCAGCUAAAACCUCUAUUCCUCUUUAUGUUAUACCACCAUCUUCAAACUGUUACCAAAGUAGUAUUACAAAAUUUGAUCACGUAAUGUCACUGUGUGCUAUAGCUGCUAGACACAACAUUUCUGAUACAUUGCUGAAAGAUAUUGUUGGGCUUAUACAAAUGCAUUUACCUGAGCAAAAUAUAGGAGUUACAGAUAUAAAUGAGUUAAAGGGAGCUUGUGGCUUUGAAAAGGAUUACCUGAAAUAUCAUACAUAUUGUGAAAAUUGCAAGAAAAUUUUUGAAGACCAUUUAGAUGAAUGUCAAACUCCAAAUUGUGAUGGCAAAAAGUCUGAUAAUUUAUGCAAGAAGUACUUUAUUACAAGCAAUUUAGGGAUGCAGAUAAAAGAAAUCAUUCAAAGAAAAGAAAUUUGGGACGCACUAUGUGACUUUAUAGAUCAUCAUGACAGAUCUAGCAUUGCAGAUGUAAGAAGUGGAAGUGGAUACAAGGAACUACAAAAAGAAGGAGGAUUUCUAGAUUCAAAUAGAAAUAUCACAUUAUCAAUGUUUAUUGAUGGUGUUCCACUUUUUAAAAGUUCUGGAGUAUCCAUGUGGCCUGUGUAUUUUAUCAUAAAUGAGAUACCACCAAAGGAACGUUUUCUUAAAAAGAAUAUGCUUCUGUGGGGAAUUUGGCAAGGAACAGGCAAACCAAAAAUGACAAUGUUUUUAACACCAUUAGUUACAGAUCUCCUUAUGCUCCACAAUGACGGUGUUAACAUUGUGAAAAAUGGUACAUCAUAUUUGGUUAAAGCUAAACUUAUUAUAGUUACAAUGGAUUUGCAGGCUAGAGCAUAUGUGACCAAUAUGACUCAGCACAAUGGGGAAUUUUCGUGCUUAUACUGUACUGCCAGUGGGAAAGUUGUGAAGAGCGGUGCAGGAAACUGUCGAACUUUUCCCUUCAAAGAUUAUGAUAAAAGAACAGAUGAUAUGAUUAAAGAAGCAUCAUUGACAGCGUCACAAACUGGCAAACGUUACCAUGGUUUUUUUGGAGAAAGUAUUUUAAGUUGCCUUCCAUAUUUUUCACUCUCAAAGAACAUUGUUAUUGAUUAUAUGCAUGGCACACUCCUCGGAGUAACAAAGAAAUUCCUUGAUAUGUGGUUUGAUUCCAAAUAUAAAGACACACCUCAUUACAUAGGAGACAGGGUAAAAGUUCUUGACAAUCUAAUGAAAGCAAUAUGUCCACCAUAUCUAGUUCAUCGCUCCCCAAGAGUCUUAUCAAAUACAUAUUCUCACUGGAAAGCAUCAGAAUUAAGGAACUGGCUUCUGUUUUACUCUGUGCCAUUACUGAAAGGAAUUCUGCCAGAAGUAUAUCUGAAGCAUUAUGCAUGUCUUGUAGAAGGAACAUACAUUUUGCUUAGUGAGGGAAUAGCAAACCAGGACUUGAAUCGUGCUGAUCUGCUACUAAAAUUAUUUGUUCAAAACAUGGAAAAUCUUUAUGGCGAAGAAACGUUAAGUCUAAAUAUCCACAACCUUACUCAUUCUGUUGAUAUUGUACAACAAUGGGGACCUCUAUGGGGGUAUUCUUGUUUUCCUUUUGAGUCAUUUAAUGGAGAAAUAAAGCAAUCUGUUCAUGGAACUGGAAAUGUUUGUAGACAGAUCUUCUGGUCAUUUCAGGCACAAAAACGGCUUGCACAGUUGUCAAGUAGUAUGCCAGACUGCAUGUCAAAAGAUUUCAUUCAGUCACUAGAAAUUCGAAAAAGACAGUCAUCUAGAACUGAAGCAUAUCAGUGCUGGAUUAUAAAGUUUUCCAAUAAUACCAGUGGAUUCAAACAGGAUAUUUUGGCAAAAAUUGAGAAAGAAAUUGGCAAUGCUGAUUUCUCUACAGCCUCAAAAAUAGUGAGAAAUGGGUAUACAAUGUACACAAAAAAUUCUAAAAAAGUUAAACAGCAAAACUCUUAUACUAUCAAAUUGAAUAACAGGGAUAUUUAUGCUUUAGAAACAGAGCAUUUUAUAGUGCAAAAUGAUGCAGAAAGGAAAGUGUUUGCAGUUGGGACAGCACUGGUUAAGACUGGGUCUACUUUGGAAGGAACAGUGCCGCAUCUAAUACAAGUAACUAGAAGGUUUGUAUACAUUUAAAAUGUUUCAUCUGAAUUCACAGAUUCAUUUCAAAUCAUGUUUCAGAAUUUCAAAUUCUGUAUUGUUAAAAGUCUAUACUAUUUGUUUGGUUCUGCCUACAUUUGAGUCAAUCAAUAGGAAAACAAAUGUUAAUUCUACAUUCUUAAAUAUUCAGUUUACUCUGCUUUAAAUUGAGCCCUCAUAUUUACUGUUUUAUCUAAAUUAAUAUUGGUGAGACUGCUUAAAAUUGUUGAUUCAAAGAUUUAACCGUUACACUGUGAAACUUUUUUAAUGCUUUUAAUAUGUUUCAAAUUACAUAUUUGUAAUUUUUCUACCUACAGGAAGGGAAUGGAAGUGAUACCUGCAGAACAAUUACUUGAGCCACUAAUAGUGAUGACAAAUGGAACAGAUAUUGCAGUAGCAAGCUUUCCAAACACAUAUGAAAGAGAUUAGUUCAAAACUGUCAACAUUAAGUUGAAAUGAGUAAUCAGCAAUACUGUAUUGAAAUACAAUGCAAUCUGUUCUGACAAUAAGCUGCAAAGAUAAUAAAUACAUUAAAAUAGCAAGAGUGGUAUUCUAUUUAAGCUUAAAAAGGAAAAAAACAUGCACUAUUCUCUGACACAUAUAACUACAUGUAUGAAUCAUUGCUAUUUUUAUCACAUAUCAGAGACAUAUUUAUGUCUCUGCACAUAUGCAUUAAUGAUAAAUUGUUAAUAGUAUGCCAAUAGUAUGUCAAGCAGUAUUAAGCUCUAUAUUAUUAUGAAAAAUUAUGAUAUUUUAAUCAUUUAACUCGUGAUAAUAUUGUAAGUGAAAUCAUGAUAAUGGCUCAACAUUUUCCGAGAUGAAAUUUAGCUAAGUACAAUUUUCCGAGGUGAUUUCCAAGCUAAAAAAUGGCAAAGUGUUUCAAACAAAUUUGACGUAAAUUUUCUAAGUUCUUUUACGAGCAAAAAAAUGACAAAGUCCUUCAUUUCCAAGCUUUUUCCGAGCUGUUUUUUGGCAGAGUAUGUAAAUUCCGAGACAGUUUCCAAGGUUUUCUUUAUUUCCAAGGUUUUUUAUACAAAAACCUUGGAAAAAAUUUCCAAGGUUUUAAGAAAAACCUUGGAAUUAAAAAAAAACCUUGUAAAACUGGUUUAUUUCCAAGGUUUUUGAAGCAGUUUCCGUGGUUUUUUUC